AUCUGUCGAGGAUCUUUUUUUUUGUGGAGCCUAGUGCUGCAUUGCCGAUAGGAGGGGAGUUUUUGAUCAGUCACACUGGACUGACUGGUAGGGAAUGUUAUGCUGCAUUCCCUCCUCCUUUCAUUCUCUCUCUAAUCUGACAUUUGAGAAACUCGUUCGUGUGCAAGAUUGUAAUUAGAUAGAUGCUGAAGGAGAAGAGCAUUAAUUGGCCCAGCCACUGUGCAAUUUUAUGUAUUGCAAUUGCUCGAUUAUAAAUGACUAUAACACAAUACAGUGACAAGAGUCGAUGUACUUGUUCUUCUUCUACAAUCUACACAUAUUCGCCAAUUCAGGAAAAAAAAAAGAGGGUGAAACUCAAACGGAAUAAUACUCAAACGAAAUAUUUUCUCGAAGGACAAUACAUUUGUUCUAUUCGCCAGGUUUUAUGAUUUACACAACUUUUAUCUUGAGAACUUUUAUUUUGAAGUGACUGUGACGCGCUCGCAUUCCCGGAAGUUCACUUCACUUCACAACAUCAACUGGUGGGGGGGAAAGAGAAGAGGACACGGAGAAAAGAAGUAACUUAAAACACGAAAGUGACUUUUCCAAACAACCUUUUGGAGUAAUUUCAGCCGUCAUUUUAACGUUUUCAAACUCACGUCCAAAUGUUCUGAGAGCAGAUCGCAGCGUCACAUGGAGGCUGUUGUAAAGAACUUGGAGCGGACCAUGGAGCUACUCGCUGUGUCGCAGACAGAGACGGUGCAGCGGUGGGACAAACAAACCCUGGACAGAGCCUUCCAAUGGACUCAGUACUGCGAACACGUCUACACAAGGUUCCAUGCAAAUCCAACCGUCAGGGACAUCUUGGAAAAACAACUACAGGUGACAAACGAAAGUUUACGAACAACUUUUCAGGGGUAUACGGACAUCACGUUUUCUGACCUGUCGCAGUGUCAACACUUGCUGCUUGUGGGGUUACUAAACAACGCCGCUGUUCCGAGCUCAGUCAUCAAACUACUUUUCGACACUAGAACGGUUGGAGGUAAAUCUAAGGACGCCACCGGUCAUUGCACUGAGCUCAUAGAAGUGAAAUCAGCACGUAAAGUUUUAAGCGCCAUUUAUUUGAAACGCAGUACGUCCUUUCCUGGUCCUGAUGUUGACGUGAUAGGCAUGACACUGAUGGAGAUAUUGGAUACCCUGCUCUCUCCAGCUUCUGGCGUGUCCAAGGUGGGCCUAGCAGAGAAGUUAUUGGACAACAUCUUACAAACCUGUGGUGAAAAUGAAAUCUUCUCAGGAGUCGUUGCUGCUGCUCUCCUGUCAAGGAAAAACAACAAAACAGCAACAACGGCAGCAACAACAACAAAAAUGGCUUCAGAAGGAGUGUCAUUAGACUUUAUCCUGGCUUGGCUCCAGCAACACUACAGUUUACUCCAGCAUAUGUGUUCCACGUUGCCUAUUGGACUUUUGAUGGACCUCUACCAGCAGUCUGUGAGAUUUAGAGUGACCUACCGUGACAUGUUGAAGCAAUGGGGGUCACAGUUGGAGUAUGACAUGGGAGAAGGAGAGUGGGUUCAAAUGUAUACCACCGACGGGGUGUCGUUCAAGACACUGUCUGACCAUUAUAGGUCGUUACUAGGGGCUUGUCCGUCAACAAAGGAGGACGUUGAGAGAGAGCUGACAGAACUGAAGGUUGCCGAUGGGGACUUUGAUGUUGGAGGUCUGAGUGUUUGGGGUGACCUCCUCUCAGAGCUGAACAAGGUCUGAGUGUUUGGGGUGACCUCCUCUCAGAGCUGAACAAGGUCUGAGUGUUUGGGGUGACCUCCUCUCAGAGCUGAACACGGUCUGAGUGUUUGGGGUGACCUCCUCUCAGAGCUGAACAAGGUCUGAGUGUUUGGGGUGACCUCCUCUCAGAGCUGAACAAGGUCUGAAAUGUUAGUUAUCUAAAAACGUGUAAAACAUAGUCUGUUGCCAUCAGUUGACACAACAUGCUCUUGAAUACAGAGUGACACAACAUGCUCUUGAAUACAGAGUGACACAACAUGCUCUUGAAUACAGAGUGACACAACAAAUGAAAAAAAAAUGGAGUUUACUUGUUUUUAGAUAAUUGACGUUAAAGGUUAAAAAAAAAUCUAUAAAACAGUUUGACAACCCUGUUUUGUAAGCUUUUAAAUGAAAUCAAUCUCAACCGUUUCUCUUUUCCAGUGAUGAAGACAUCUCUCAUGGUAUGGUGGGGUAUGUCUCGUUGUAUGGUGGGGUAUGUCUCAUUGUAUGGUGGGGUUUGUCUCAUUGUAUGGUGGGGUAUGUCUCGUAUGGUGGGGUAUGUCUCGUUGUAUGGUGGGGUUUGUCUCAUUGUAUGGUGGGGUAUGUCUCAUUGUAUGGUGGGGUUUGUCUCAUUGUAUGGUGGGGUAUGUCUCGUUGUAUGGUGGGGUAUGUCUCGUUGUAUGGUGGGGUAUGUCUCGUUGUAUGGUGGGGUAUGCAGAAUAGGUCAACUCUGAUCACCUUUAUCUCCUGAAUGUUUUGGCAUUCAGGUCCAAAAAUGUACUUUCUGACCACUUCCUCCAUGGGCAAACAUGUAUGGAAUUUUAUUUUGUAUUUUUAUGAAAGCUGUCAAAAAGUGAAUUGAAAUGGAUUUACCCCUCUCUUGAGCAGAACAAAGCCAUGUGUAGCCUCAUCAGUAUUCUGUCAUUGGCAGUCAGUGUUCGUUGGACAAAUGAGGAACUUUGGCCUCGUUAGAUACAAUUAAUUUAAAUAUAUUUGUUAAAGGAUACAUGUUUUUGUGCUAAUACAUUCAUAUAAGUUUGUAUCAAUAACAGAAUAAAGAAGAAUUUCAUUAAACAAA